AUGAAUAACCUUCAGCAUUUUUUUUCUUCCAGUAAAGCUGUGAUGGAUCUAUUUGUAGACUUGUGCAGCCAGUACCACUUAAAUCCAGCCCAUUAUACUUUUGAGUUGCAGUCUUGGGAGACCCAACAAUCUUUGAGUUACAAGCCAAAUACUUUGAUAGGGACAUUAGAUGCAGAGAAGAUACUUCUAAAAUGGAAGGUUCCUGAAGAAAAAAAAAUAAAGCGGCCUCCACCAAAGAUUCCUGAGAAAACUGUGAGACUGGUAAUAAAUUAUUUGAAGACACAAAAGACAGUAGUUCGAGUGAAUCCUGAAGUUCCUCUUGAGAAUAUAAUCCCAAUCAUUUGCGAAAAGUGUGAAGUUAGUCAAGAAUGCAUUGUUCUCUUAAGAGAUAAUUUCACUGGAGAAAAAUUGGAAUUGACAAAAUCACUGAAUGAUCUAGGGAUAAAGGAGCUUUAUGCCUGGAACAAGAAAAAUGAAACAAAAAUAUCAACUGGUUGUGGCACAUCACUAAAGGAAAAGAAAGGAUUUCUUGGAUUUUUCAGGACAAGUAAGAAAAACAAGGUAGAGAAGUCCUCAAGGACAAGCCUAGAUCUGGAUGGUAGAGAACUUUUAAAAUCCAUAUCGUAUCGUAAACAAAGCCUUGAUGAAACAGUGACAAUGGAUUCUUCAGGAAAUUUAUGUUCUGUAAUGUUGGCACCAUCAUUAUCUCUUGGGAACUUAUCAGGGACAACUGCAAGCUUUGAAAUAAAGAAGCGGAGAGCACCUCCUCUACCUGUAAUUCCACCCUUUUCAGGUGGGGAAGCUGGCAGAGAAGAAAAAAUGCCAAGUCCGAUGUCUCAAAGUUCAUUGCAACAUGAAGUAAAAAAGAAAAAGAGACGUGCUCCUCUUCCACCAGCUUCUAUAAUGCCAAACAGAUUUGAAGAAAUGGAAAAUAAAAGACAAAGUACAAUUGGUAAUGAACAGCAAGUGCCUCAAAAGCCUCCUAGAGGCAACACACGGUUGCCCAAGUUCGUGAUUCCCCCAGCCCCAUUAUACCCUCCUCCUGACAAAGAUACUAUGGACCCAAUUGCAUUGUAGAAUGAAGCAAAUGUUACAGACCCAACCCAGCUGGUAUCUAAAAGAAAUGUCCAACUUUCACAUACUUAUAAUGAAGACACUGUAGAAGAAAUCAACUCUUUUAGCGGUUGUUCUAUGCCAGAAUGCAAUAUAGAUGAUUCAAAAGUUAUUAAUUUACCAUCUGUUAUCAUAUCACUGGAUUUUCAAAAUGAUGGUAUAAAUUCAAGAAACAAAUCCAUUGGUGUAGAGAAGACCUUGGCUGAAAUAGAUUCCGUGUUGGUUGCAAAAGAAUGUUCUAUAAAUAAUGCUUCCUUUAAAAAUGAUAAAUCUGAGAAUAUUAAAAAAAGACAUAAAUGUUUUACUAUAGUUACAUUCAAUGAUGUGCUGAAUCUGGCUCACUCUAGCUUUUGA